GAGGCUAGAUCAAACUGUCCACUCUUCAGACUGGAGCAAGGGGAAUAACGUUGAUGUUUUUUACGAAAAAUGUGCUACGUGCAAAAUAAUGUGAUAUUACUGUUUGCAUGAUCGAACCCUAUCAUCACGUCGACAAGGAACAUAAAUAAUGUAUUCCUUUUCUACACGGAGAUAUUUUAUUGCAACACCAGCGUCUACUUGUGUCAAUAACGGUAGCUAAACGUGUUUUGUGAAUUAUCUAAAUUAUUAGAGCGUUUUCUAUUUAUUUGUCCACAUGUUGUAAUAUCAUUGUCGGGCUAUUAAAUAUAACACGUGCCCAGUGAUGAUACGUUUGUUUGUGGAAGAGCCAUAUAGUAUUUCAUUAGAUAUCUGAUCCACUCUAACAAUAUUUGGGGAUAGGGGUCUUUGUUUCUUGCUCUUACCGGAAUCGAGGUUCAGGGGUCUCGCUCCCUGAAAAUCUCUGUCUCUUCAUAUUUAACUCAUUUACAUCAUGUCACACGUGAGGAAGGAUAUGGAAAAUUGUGGUUUUAAUAGAAGUCUUGUGUAUUCAUUAGAGUUAACAGGUAGCAAAGGUUUUGCAGCACUAGCCUAUGGCAGAACUGUGGUCAGCUAUCUCUGCUGCUUUGCCUGUGACGGAGGCAGAAUUUCCACUUGACUUCAGUGAAAAAGUUGAGCCCAGUGUGGUGGAUGUGCUGAAACGUUGCAGGCAGCAGCUGUACACCGGGAGCGGUCGAUGGAGGCAAAAUGCUCAGAUCAUCUUGGACUUUUCCUGGGAGAAGCUCAACACAGGAACAUGGCGUGAUGUGGACAAGGAGUGGAGGUGUUUGUAUUCAUAUGGCUGCCUGUUCAAAGUAGCUGCCCUAUGCCGUGAUGACGCCUCAUCAGCUAGAGUGCAGGAGGCCAUACGGACAUGUGACUUGGGCCUGCUCAUGGGGGCAGCCAUCAUGGACAAUAUUUUACAAACCUUUGUAAGGAUCCUGCAAAAUGAAAUCGGGAAGAGGCACUCCAAUGAGGAGAAUCCUAGUGAAGGCGUUAGUGCCAAGAAAAUGAAGGUUGACUGUGUGUCAGUGCCCGUUGUCAAGCAGGCUCUGGCAGUACCAAGGGUACACUGUCCAUCAUUGGAGAGUUUCAAGAAAGAUUACUUGGAUCCCCAAAAGCCAGUCAUAUUAGAGGGUAUCAUAGAUCACUGGCCAGCCUUCAAAAAUCACCCUUGGAGCAUAGAAUACCUGCAAACUGUUGCUGGUUGUCGGACUGUACCUGUUGAAGUGGGCUCAAGAUAUACCGAUGAGGAAUGGUCACAGACGCUGCUUACGGUCAAUGAAUUCAUCGAUCGCUAUAUUGUUGUGAAAGACGCAUCAAGUUUGGGAUAUCUUGCUCAGCACCAGCUAUUUGAUCAGGUCCCCGAGCUUAAAGACGACAUCCGUAUCCCUGACUACUGUUGUCUUGGUGAGGGAGAUGAAGAUGACAUCACAAUCAACGCUUGGUUUGGGCCAGGAGGUACAGUGUCCCCCCUUCAUCAAGAUCCUCAACAGAACUUCCUGGCUCAGGUGGUUGGGAGAAAGUACAUUCGUCUGUAUUCCCCUGAGGACACCGAGAAACUCUACCCUCACCAAUUGCAGCUCCUACACAACACUAGUCAGGUGGAGGUGGAAAGUCCAGACGUGGUGCGAUUCCCAGAGUUUGUGAAGGCUCCCUACCUAGAGUGUGUGUUGCAGCCUGGGGAGGUCUUAUUCAUCCCAGUCAAGCACUGGCAUUACGUGCGUUCUUUGGAGCUCAGCUUUUCUGUGAGCUUCUGGUGGUCAUGACCCACGAUGAGGGAUCCAGAUUCAGGUUGUUUUUAGUCAGAAUUUUGAUUAUUGCAGUGGUCUUGUAAAAUGCAAGUCCUGUGCUCACGUAUGUUGUGACUUAGGUCUGAAUGUUAUUUUCUUCUUAAACAAUCAUUAACAUGUCUGUCCUUUCAUUGCUUCAGCCCUCUCAGCCUCAUCCACCAAAUGGCUUUAAAAACACCUUAUUCUAUAAACAAAUUCAUGGUUAAGUGACAAUGGUAAUUCAAAAAGGAAUAAGGUUGGAAACGAGUCUCAAUUUACAUAGUUCACAACUUACAACGGUGAUUCAUGUUGAAGAAUUAUGGAAAAUUUGCUGAACUCAAUUAACUUGAGUAGAGCAAAAUGGCCUUCACUAUGGCUAUUUUACAUAAUUAAAAGUGUCCCACCUCAUAUCCAUGACAAAGGAAAGCCAGUUGUGUUCAAUCUAUCAACACUUGAAUGUGAUUAUGGCACACAUUGAAUUCCAAGCUACCUGCAUGAUUGGCGCUUGCUUCUACUCAUUAAUAAAUUAAAAGAAGGAGCAGUUAGUGUAUGCUCAUUUCCUACUGCAUAUAAAAUAUGGAGUUGUUACCCAUUUAAUUUAAUAGGGUAUGCUUUUUCAAAUUAGCAUGUGUAAUUGUUCCCAAAUUAUUCCUGCAGAUACUCAAAGAUGAGGUAAUGUCCAUAAUUUAUUCAAAUAAGGCAGUACUAUUCUAAUUUAACAACCUAAUGAACCACAGGCACAAAUUAUGGACAAACAGCUUUCAAUUUAAACUGCCUGAACGAAUGAUUGAAGUAGUUGCCACACUUCCCAGAAUUGCUCCCCUGGAAAGUAACUUAAUAUAAUCAAGUUAAGAGUGGAGCUCACGGGAGACCAUUGACGAUUCAAUGAAAGUUAUUUGAGGGUGUGAGAUUCCAUUGGACCCCACAUAAUGUGGUUGACCAAUAAUUGCUAGUGCACACACAUCGACAAGCCAAUUUGCCUCUUUGCAUUAUAAGCUGACGUUAGCUCACAGAUGAAAGUGGUUAGCUACACUGAACAAAAAUAUAAACGCAACAUGCAAAGUGUUGGUACCAUGUUUCAUGAGCUGAAAUAAAAUAUCCCAGAAAUGUU